AACGAAGAGAAACACCAUUCAAAUAUCUGUUCUAUGAUAAACAACAAUAAAUAUCCCAGUUCCCUGUCAUACAAACAACUCCGCCAUGGCUGGAAAAUCAGCCGAGGAAGAAAGAACUGGACUGUUGUUGGAGGAUGAAUCAAGGCAAGCGAGAAGCCAGAGGCUGGACUUGGAGCUUGAAGAACGAGCUUACGAGUCAAGCCAAAGAGUUCAAGUAGAGAUAGAUGAACAAGAAGAAGAGGAAAAAUAUUUGGAUUCGAGCUACACGCCCCCAUUUUCCUGGAGAAAGCUAUGGCGCUUCACAGGCCCCGGGUUUUUGAUGAGCAUAGCGUUUUUGGAUCCGGGAAAUUUGGAAGGGGAUUUACAGGCGGGAGCCAUUGCUGGAUACUCUUUGCUGUGGCUUUUAAUGUGGGCGACUGUUAUGGGGUUGGUAAUUCAGCUGCUGGCCUCCCGAUUGGGCGUCGCUACUGGAUGCCAUCUGGCGGAGCAUUGCAGAGAGGAGUAUCCGCUGUGGGCUAGGCUUGUACUGUGGCUCAUGGCUGAGUUUGCUCUCAUAGGGGCUGACAUUCAGGAAGUUAUUGGCAGUGCAAUCGCUCUCAACAUUUUAACCAAUGGAUAUCUGCCGCUCUGGGCGGGCGUCCUCAUUACUGCAUUCGACUGUUUUAUUUUCUUGCUUCUCGAAAACUAUGGAGUGAGGAAGCUGGAGGCAUUGUUUGGAAUACUUAUUGGAACAAUGGCACUUUCAUUUGCAUUUAUGUUUGGUGAAACGAAGCCAAAAGGAAUGAAAUUACUGAUGGGGCUUUUAGUUCCACGCAUAAAUAAAAAUGCUGUCAAGCAGGCCGUGAGUGUUGUAGGUUGUCUUAUAAUGCCACACAACAUUUUCCUGUAUUCAGCACUUGUUCAAUCGCGAAUGAUUGAUACAUCUAGAAAAGGCAGAGUCCAGGAAGCACUUAAUUAUGUCUCAAUUGAAGCAGGUCUUGCACUUACAGUAUCCUUCAUGAUCAAUUUACUUGUUACAACAGUAUUUGCAAAGGGAUUCUAUGGCACAGAAACUGCAGGAGAUAUGGGCCUACUGAAUGCUGGAGCUUACCUUCAAAAGCGGUAUGGAGGAGGAUUAUUUCCAAUACUUUAUAUCUGGGCUAUUGGGUUACUAGCAGCUGGGCAGAGCAGUACUAUAACAGGGACAUAUGCAGGGCAGUUUAUCAUGGCUGGUUUUCUUAAUCUUCGUAUAAAGAAAUGGUUACGAGCAUUAAUCACUAGAAGCUUUGCAAUUGUGCCAACUGUUAUUGUCGCUCUACUGUUUGAUUCUUCUGAAGGCAAGCUGGAUCAAUUAAAUGAAUGGCUCAAUGUGCUUCAAUCCAUGCAAAUCCCAUUUGCUCUCAUUCCCCUUCUAUGCCUUGUAUCCAAGGAGCAUAUUAUGGGUACUUUCGCAAUUGGCAGAAUCUAUAAGGGUGUAGCUUGGACAAUAGCUAUCCUUGUAAUAAUGAUCAAUGGUUACCUUUUGAAGGACUUCUUUGCAAAUGAACUUGUCAGUAUGUGGGCUUCAAUAAUACUGAUUGCUGUUGCGGUGGUAUAUAUCAGUUUUGUAAUAUAUCUGGUUAUCCAAGCAGUAUGGCCAGAUAAACCACGUAGGGCAUUUACUAAAAUACUCCACUGAGACAGGGAGGGAAAACCCAAUACACUUCUAUUUAUAUAUAAUAUAUUCAUCUCAGGAGUGUGAGCAGACCAAUAUAAUUUUCCACUUUUACAGUGAAUUAUGGGAAACACCCAUUAAUUUUCUAUUUGCAUAGUCUUAACUACCAUAAAAAUUAAUGUGCUGCAACUUAGCAUGUAACUUUGAAUUAUUAAUAUCAAUCAGAUGAUAACUGCCACCAUUCUGGAUAUUCCUGUGAUAAGCUAACUGUAUAUUGCACAAAAUCGAUAGUAGAACCCAUCUAGAAAUGCCCAAUUCAUGGUUGAACAUUUUUUAUGCUUAAGGGAUCUCUGGAUAUUAAUAAUAGUAUAGUAUGUUCCCUA